AUGCCCGCACCCACAAACACCCUUCUGAUCGAAGGGACGUUCACCGAACUUGCAGAAGAACUCGCCCAGUACAUCGAUACACUCGCCAAAUCAGAAGAAGGCGCCGGAGUCCGAGCAGAGAUUGAACCACUCCUCAGCACCCUCAGAGAGUCCGAGCAGUCGCAAGAGUCAGUCGAUGAGGCCGCAGUCCAGAACCAGAAAAAUGAAGUGUUGAAAAAGAUCGUGACCAAAGCAUCAGUGCUCAACAGCGCCCCUGAGAGAGAAUUCUCAGCAGCAUACAAUCUCCUCAUCAGCCUUUCUUCCCAAUCCUCCAUCGCCGACGGCCUGUUUUCCAGAAUAUGCACGUAUCUGUCCGAGCAACCCGUUACCUCCUCCCCCACCUACGGUAGCAGCCUCGCCCUGCAAUCCCUCACGACGAUAUUCAACGUUCUGACUCCUACGAGUGAAUCCCGCUACCAUGUCUUUCUUGCCAUCCUCAAAGUCAUGCGCCAGAUGUCGUCCACUCAGGCUUUCGAGGCGCUCAUCCCUCAACUCGAGACGAACAUCCCUAAUUGGCUGUCCGCCUGGGAACUCGACGACGAAGACGCUCGCAAUCUCUACGUCGGGGUUGCCGAUGUGGCCUCCGCCAUCGGAAACGAAGACCUCCAUUACACAUAUCUCCUGUCUGCCCUGCAGACAAUUCCUCCUGAAUCGGCGUCCGAAACGGAGAGUGCAGAACUCGCACGACGUGCGGUGCGCGUGGCUCUGACAAACCCCUCAAUUACGGACUUUACGCCCUUGACCACAAGCGACGCUGUUGUUGCUUUGCGGCGCUCCGAUGGCAACCUCUUUGACCUUUUAGAGAUCUUCUCCUCGGAUGACUAUUCGUCAUACGCUGACUUCCUUGAAACGAACAAUCUGGCAGACUUGGGCGUCCCCGACUCUGCAGCUGAGACGCUGAGCCACAAGAUCCGCCUCCUGACACUGGCUACGAUUGCUGCAUCCUCAACCACCCGCUCUGUCCCUUACAGUACCAUUGCAUCGGCUCUCCAGAUCCCUUCUGAAGACGUGGAGAUGUGGGUCAUCGACACCAUCCGGGCUGGUCUUGUCGAGGGCAAACUCUCACAACUGAAGCAGGAGUUCUUGGUCCAGAGAGCCACCUACCGCGUGUUCGGGGAGAAGCAGUGGGCCGAGAUCCAGGGGCGCCUGAUGGUUUGGCGACGAAGUCUGGAGAGUGUGUUGAAUGUCGUCCGGGCCGAAAGGGAGAAGUUCUUGAGAGAAGGGCCGACGACCAACGGAGACACGGGCGUCAACGGCUACGGAGAUGGAGAGGGUCAGAGAACUGGAGGGGAACGUCAGCAGCAGAGAAGACAGGGCGGCGGUGGGGGUGGCCGCGGACCGCGUCGCGACAGGGGCGAUCAGCAGCAGCAACAGCAAGGGCCUCGAGAGAUUGAGGUGGGAGGGGGAGAUUAG